CAUGUCGAACAAAGUUGUUAGCAGUGAUGCCUUCAAGUUUCAUUUUAAAUUUUGGCAAAUCCUCGGUGUUUAUCCCACCAAGGGAUGCAGGUUUUUGUAUAUUUUGAUAAUAGCCAUAAGUACCAGCAUACCAGUUGCUAUGACAGCUCUCCUGUUCUACCUAGACAGUUUGAAGGACAUCUUGUCGAAUCUAUCAGUGAAUAUUACUUGCAUCGCAGUCAAUUUGAAAUUCGGGGUCAUCUUGUUCCGACGACGAAACAUUCUGGACGUUAACACUUGGGUUGACAGAUUGGAUACUCGCGCUUCUUCUGCACAGGAACAGGAAUGUCUUCGUUCAGCAGUUCAAAUAGCGCAUAAAAUGUUUUAUUUGACGUGUGUAAUGUUUACCGGGGCAGUUAUUUUAGGCGAAUUCGGGGCUCUUCUAUCACAUGGAAAAGCAAUUAUGUUUCCCGCCUGGUAUCCAUUCGAUUGGGAGCAUUCGUCCUGGAAAUAUUUGAUUGUUCAUGUGCAUCAAACCAUAGUAUCUGUACUAUUUGUAUUGCAGAAUGUUUCCAAUGAUACUUUCCCAGCCAUCUACAUGCUUGUACUAACGAGUCAUGUGAAGACUUUGAACAUUCGAAUCAGGAGAUUGGGUCUGGAUGCAGCUGAGUCCUGGCAAGACACCAGUGCAGAAUUGAUACAGUGUAUCAAAGAUCAACAAAUGCUAGUUGCGUAUUUUCAAACGGUCCGAAAAAUCACUUCGACUGCAAUUUUCCUCCAAUUUUUCGUCACUGGAAUGGAAGCAUGCAUCACUGCUGUUUGUGUAUUUUGUGUUGAAGGCGAUUUAUUUGAAAUAAUGUUUCUCGCAGAAUAUUUUCUCUGCGUAAUUCUGGAAAUACUCCUUGACUGUUAUUUUGGAGAACAACUUGCGGGCGAAAGCGAGCGCAUGACAGAUGCUAUUUACUCCUGCAAUUGGACGGACAAAGAUAAAACGUUCAAAAAGAAUUUGAUCAUAUUUAUGCAGUCAACACAGGAAAACAUGACCAUUGUUGCUGGAGAAAUUUUCUUAGUCAAUUUGACAACCUUUGUUUCGGUUCUCAAACAAUCAUAUUCUCUGUUCGCAGUUUUGAUGAGUAUGACAUAAGACAUUGUCAUAUUUCCAGGUUGAUUGAGUUUUUUUGCACUAGUGUUUUGAAUGUUCUUGAAAAUCAGUUAAAAAUAAAAAAAAACGUUGCUGUCACCAUAGGUUUUAGUACAUUAGAGAAGUGUAGCAAUAAAAAACAUGUAUUGAUGCUUAUUCAGUUUAAUAAAAUGCUUUGAAGUUAAUUACUA